AUGUCAAGUUCCCAAAUCGGCGAGAGUGACUCCGGACCGCCAUCUUCUCCACAACCCCUCACCCCUUCCGAACUCUUCAAACAGUUCUACGCCUCUCGAUCCGACAAUAUGGGCAAGAAAAGACGCGGUCCAUCUCUCGAGGAGCUAUUGGAUCGACCAUGGUGCUACUAUUGCGAGCGUGAUUUCGACGACUUGAAGAUUCUCAUCUCCCACCAAAAGGCCAAGCAUUUCAAGUGCGAUACGUGCGGACGCCGACUGAACACCGCUGGAGGUCUCUCUGUCCAUCUGAGCCAGGUUCACAAAGAGCAGCUUACUGAAGUUGAAAAUGCCCUGCCUAACCGCAUGGGUCUUGACGUUGAGAUUUUUGGCAUGGAGGGUAUUCCUGCCGAGGUUCUCAGGGCCCACAACCAGCGUGUCGCAAGUCAAUUUCACCAGGAAGAACUCGAACGCCAGGCUGUGACGGGCAAUCCUCCCUCUGGUAGCUCUGCGAAUGGUCAGCCGGCGAAAAAGCCUAAGUUGGAAUCAGUAGCCGAUAUGAAGAAGCGAUUGGCCGAGCACAAAGCCAAGCGCGCCGCACAGGCACUUGCCGGAACCAGCAGCGGCGACGUCACUCCCAUCAGUGCUGAUCAGUCUGCCCAGUCUACCCCCAACCCCGCUGCAUACACACAGCCCCCCCAGGUCGCAGCCGCUCAGCCUCAGCAACCCUCCUACCCCCAGCCCUACGGAGCUCAGCCCUACGGAGGUGCCUCGGCCAUUGCGGCUCCUCCUUUCCUGCAGACUGCCAGUCCUGUUUAUCCAGGCUAUCCUCCUGUCGGUGGACAGCAGGUUCCCGUUGCUUCGCCUUAUACCCCCACCGGAUACACCCAGCCAUUCCCCACCGGACUUCCUGCGCAGCCUCCUGUCUCUUACGCAGCUCCUGUUUCCUAUAACCAGCAACCAACACCACUCGAUAACAAGUCUAUGGGCCUACCAGCCGCCUCUAACCUUCCUCAGCGUCCCGCUUUCGGCGCACCUUCAGUCAACCAGUUCGAAAUGCAGCAGAUGCACAGGGGCCACCAUUCGCCUACUCCCGCUGCUUCGGGCUACUACAACGGCUAUGCUUCCCCGGCAAGCGAACAAACUCCCGUCGCUAUUGAAAACCAGGUUCCGGCCGCAGCCAAUGAGACAGCAGCCAAGCCAGAGGGCACCGAAAAGCCAGCCAAGAAAGAGAAGGUCAAGCCCCCUGUUAGAAUGGUUUACUUCCACGAAACCCUCUCCCCCGAAGAACGGAUGGCCCAGCUACCCCGAUACGCCUGGAAACCCGAUCACAGUGAAGAAACCACUCUCGGCGAUGUCCCCGCCUCCAACAUCGUGGGCGCCGUCCAAGACUCCGACACGGUUAUCGACUCGGCCCAUUAA